AUGUCCCGACAGAUCGUGCUGUGCUUUGAUGGCACAGGAAACGCAUUCCACACCAAUGGCACCGAGACGAAUAUCCUGAAGAUCUGUCGGAUGUUAGAAAAGUCGGACGAGCAAUUAUGUUAUUAUGAACCGGGAAUCGGAACCGACAUAACCCCUGGCUCUCUGGCAAGCACGACUAUUCGAAAGAGCAGCAAACUUGGCAACAGCAAGGCAAUUAACCUUGCCCUAGGCAAAUCCUUCGAUCGCCAUGUCCUAGGUGGGUAUCGCUUCCUGAUGCGCCAUUACCAAGCGGGAGCAAAAGUGUAUAUAUUCGGGUUCUCGCAUGGCGCAUACACAGCACGGUUCCUGAACGAGAUGAUCGAUCAUGUCGGGCUUCUCGGCCCGGACAAUGAGGAAGUGGUGCCUUUGAUCUGGGAUGCGUUUGUGUCAUGGAAGUUAGGUCGCACCGAUCAUGACGAACGAGCGAGGAUCAAGGCCUUCCGAGUCAUGAAACAAAGUCGGGAGACAUUAUCUCGACCGAUGGACCGCGUGCACUUUUUGGGCAUGUUCGACGCAGUCAACAGUAUUGCUGAAUUUGACCUCGAGGCUGAAACUAGGCCUUCUACUCAGAUCCUUCGGCAUGCGGUCAGCAUCGAUGAGCGACGCAUCAAAUUCCGCCCGGUCUUGCUGCUGCCGGAUAGAGAAAAGUGGGCCCGUGAACAGCCACCAGAUGAAGUCAAGCCUGCAAAGGAGGUCGCCACUGGCGAUUCCGAGUCCAUGACUGGGCCUCCCGUUCUUCCAGAGAUCCCAAACGUCAGUGUAUAUAGCCACAGGCGGGAGACAGAGGGAGAUGGCGACAAUGAGGGAGAUCAGGAUAUUGAAGAGAUGUGGUUCCCAGGUGGCCAUGCAGAUAUUGGCGGAGGAUGGAAUUUGGGAUUGGGCGAGGCAUUGCCAUUGACCCACGCACCUCUCGUCUGGAUGGUACAGGAGGCACGACGCGCGGGACUCCGACUCGACCAGCGGAAGUUGGCAGCGCACAAUUGCAUCGAGAGUCCUGACUUCGAUUCUGAUGAAACCACGAACUUGAAAGAGAGAGAGGCCCUGGGAUUGGAGUUGUCGGCCCCUUACAGAGCGUACGUUAAUGCGCUCCACCUUGCCGGAACCAGGGGACAUAUUCAUGAUCUUCUUGCCUAUGGCAAUGGGUUACCCUUGACUUCCGUUCUCUCAUGGCGUCUGAUGGAAUAUCUUCCCCUUCGACGGAUGGAACCCCAGGUCGAUGGGACUUGGAAGGCUGUGCGCUGGCCGCCGCCUCGCGGUCGUUCUCGUGAUAUCCCUGUGAACGCCCGGAUACACGUCUCCGCUAUCCAGCGUAUGAAGUUGGAUCCAUCAUACCGUCCUGAUAACCUAACAUUUGGUAUGGAGGAUUAUAUGGAGGGAAUCGGAAACUGGGUUGUUCACUCGCAUGAAGGUGAUCCAGUGCGGGAAAGAUAUUUUCGUGGAUAG